UCACCACCGCCGCAUCCGCCUUGUCAUCCGAUCACCUCUGCUUCACACGAGACAGAUGUCGGCUCUCGCACUUCUCGCUCGCAGAGUCUUUUCCUCGCGGCUGCGCUCCUUCUCUCGCCCACUUUCAACCAACCCGGCUCCUCCCCGCACGAUCGACGACGUCAACAGUCUCUUCGCAGAAGCCCGAUUGUCCCUACAAGACGCGCUUGAGUCGAAGGGCACCGUGUACUUUGUCGACGACUUUGCAGACGCCAAGGAAGCCACGCAAGCCACCCUCAGCGCAUUCGAGGCUCUCCUGGAAGAGUCCUCCGCCGAGCAGCGCCAGUCCCUGCUGGAGGCAAACCGCCCGAAGAUGGCCCAAUUGGCCGAAGAAUUCCGCCAGCUCGAGCACGAGCUCAUCCACGACGACUGA